AUGUCUUUGAAAAUUCGCUCUAGCCUCCUCAUCGUUGCUGUACUCGCUCUAUCGACUAUGGUGACUUCCAAGCCUACCUCCAGACACCAUCACCGACACGAGGCCAAAGUUGCAGCUGCGAAAAACCUCAAGCCCUUGAAGCAGUUCAAUCCACGCCAACAACAUACAAAGAGAACUGAAAUUGCUUUCAUUCCAAAGCCGAAGCCAAGUGUUACUAUAACAUACAUCCCUACAGUAGCAACAGGUACCGCGAAAGCUCCAGUUCCUAUCAUCCAAGGGCCGUCAGACGCUUCCAAGAAUCUGCCAGGAAUAGGUCCUAUCAUCCAAGGACCGUCAGACGCUUCCAAGAAUCUGCCAGGAAUAGGUCCUAUCAUCCAAGGGCCGUCAGACACUUCCAAGAAUCUGCCAGGAAUAGGUCCUAUCAUUUCUCCCCCGACAAAUGGGAAUCCUCCAACUGUGGAUUCGAAAGCGGGAGACCUUGUUGACGGUCUUCUCAAAAAUGUCUUCGGCGACUCGAAACCUUUGAAUCCAUUGUCCGACACAAAAGCUAACACAAACCUUCCCAAAGUGGGCAGUGAUCCCAGUCCACUCCGCACAGGCAUAGAACUUAGCCCUUUGAAAGAUAAAGAUGAUCAAGAUGGUAAAGUCUCAUAUGUGGUAGACUCGGACUUGGGCCCAUUCGACCAUUCUUUCAACGCACAUAGUAGGCGGGAUGAGGUUGAUUCGAACGAUGAAGCGGACGACAUGGUUCUCAAACCCCUGGAACGUCUUGUAGGAAUUUUGGGGGAGAUUCCGUAA